AUGCCAGGACCUGUUGUUCACAGUUUGGGCCAUGAGCCCAUUGCUGACCACUCAUUCAGUGAGGACAGAUCGCUUUUGGCGGUAGCUCGGAACAAUGAUGUCGAGUUGUAUUUUGACACUGGCCGCAACCAAUUGCAAUUGGGUACAAAACUUUCUCAACAUGACAAGACAGUCACUUCAGUAGAUGUUGCCGGUGAUGGCAAAAUUGUUACUUGUUCACAAGACCGUAACGCUCUUGUUUGGGAACCUCAAGCAGACGGGUCAUGGAAACAAACUUUGGUCCUUUUAAGAAUCAAUCGUGCUGCUACCUUUGUUCGUUGGUCUCCAGAUAACACUAAGUUUGCAGUUGGAUCUGGUGCCAGAGCAAUUGCUGUUUGUUAUUUUGAACAAGAAAACGAUUGGUGGGUUUCGAAGCAUAUUAAGAAACCCAUUCGGUCCACUGUCUUAUCAGUUGACUGGCAUCCUAACUCGGUACUCCUUGCUGCUGGUUCUACCGAUGGUCAUGCUAGAGUCUUUUCAGGAUUUAUCAAGUCAGUUGACCAACGCCCUGCUCCUACUGUAUGGGGAGAGCGACUCCCAUUUCAAACCCUGUGCGGUGAUUUUACCAAUGCUUCUGGCGGUUGGGUUCAUGAUGUUGCUUUCUCUCCCUCUGGAGAUGCCCUUGGUUUUGUCACCCAUGAUUCAAGUAUCAUUGUCGCUUACCCUGGGGGUGCUGAUCAACCCCCUCGGGCUGUGGUAUCUGUAAACACUUCUUUCCUGCCAUUUAAGAGCUUGGUCUGGACUACUGAAAGUACCAUUGUAGCUGCUGGUAACGACUGCCAUCCAGUUGUUUUCAAAGGAGAUGAAUCUGGAUGGGAGUAUGACCACUCAAUUGACGACCCUUCGAAAUCGAAGAAAGCCGAUUCGGCCCGUGAGUCGUCUGCCCUGAACAUGUUCCGUCAAUUGGAUCUUAAGGGUUCCGACUCAACUGACUCAACUGAGCUACCAACUGUCCAUCAAAAUACUAUCACUUCGGUCCGUGCCUACGCUACUUCUAAUGGGAUUGUUACCAAGAUCUCCACUUCGGGCGUCGACGGCCGUGUCGUUAUCUUUGAUGUCUAG